AUGGAUAUGCUUAAAGAACUAUCGAAUAACAACCAUUUGCCUUCUUUAUUUGUAUUCGAUAUUGAUUAUACUCUCUGGCCUUUAUGGAUCGAUGCAUGCCCUGGCCCUCCUUUUGAAGCUGAUCCUUCCAAACCUUAUCGUGUUAAAGAUAAGUAUGGAAAUGUAAUUAGAUUAUAUCCUGAUGUUCCAAAAAUUCUCCGAACCGUUAAAAACUGUCCACAAACUUACAUAGCUGUCGCAUCAAGAACUCAAGAACCAGAAUGGGCACGGAAAGUCUUGUCUAUUAUGCCUUUCCCUGAGAAUGAAGACGAAGAAUCAAUUAAAUUAUCCGUAACUAAUGGAUCAUCAUCUAAAGUUAUCAAUUAUAAUACAUUAGCCGACGUUAUUGAUUAUAGUGAAAUAUACCCUAGCUCAAAAGUAAACCACUUUAGUUCUCUACAUGCAAUAACUGGAAUUCCGUAUGACGAAAUGAUUUUCUUUGACGAUGAAAUGAGAAAUAAAGAAGUCAACUACAAAUUAGGUGUACACUUUGUUUAUGUACCUGAUGGAAUGACAUACGAACUAUUUUUAUCUGCAAUCAAAGAGUUUGUUAAUAAAAGAGAACAUUCCUUUCUUAGUUAA